AUGGACGAUCUAUUUGAUGUUUUUGAAGAGGCUCCUGAUGCUCAGCUGUUAAACAGCGACAACGGGAAAUCCAAUAACAAACGACAAAGUGAAAAUUUGAAUCAACAUGAGAAUGUGAGUGAAAAUCCUAGUGAAAAUGCAAAAACUAAGAAACCAAGGAGAUACGAGAAUAGAUUGAUAGAGAACAAAGAGAGCAAGAAAAACUUAGAGGUGGUCCCGGUUGUUGCAGAUGACUUGGAGAUUGAAGCUUCACGUGAAGUCGAUGCCAGUGAAGGUUUGAUGACAAAAUCUUCAAAUGACAAAGUUGAGAAUGAAAAUGCAGAUAAUAACAAGGUCAAAUUGAAGCAUCAGGUUCGUCAUCAAGUAGCUGUGCCACCAAAUUAUGAUUAUAUUCCUAUUGGUCAACACAAACGUAAGGACGAGGCACGUACUUACCCAUUCACUUUGGAUCCUUUUCAAGAUACGGCAAUUUCUUGUAUCGAUAGAGAAGAGUCUGUUUUAGUUUCAGCCCACACAUCAGCCGGUAAAACUGUUGUUGCAGAGUAUGCAAUUGCUCAAUCAUUGAAAAACCACCAAAGAGUCAUUUACACAUCGCCAAUCAAAGCUUUAAGUAACCAAAAGUAUAGAGAACUACAAGCAGAAUUUGGUGAUGUUGGCUUGAUGACUGGUGAUGUUACAAUUAAUCCUGAUGCUGGAUGUUUAGUCAUGACUACUGAAAUUUUGAGAUCUAUGUUGUAUAGAGGCUCUGAAAUUAUGAGAGAAGUUGGUUGGGUGAUUUUCGACGAAGUUCAUUAUAUGAGGGACAAAUCAAGAGGUGUUGUUUGGGAGGAGACCAUCAUUUUAUUACCUGAUAACGUACAUCACGUCUUCUUGUCUGCAACUAUCCCCAAUGCCAUGGAGUUUGCAGAAUGGAUUUGUAAAAUUCAUAACCAACCAUGUCAUAUCGUUUACACAGAUUUCAGACCAACUCCUUUGCAACAUUAUCUAUUUCCUACUGGUGGUGAAGGUAUCCAUCUCGUUGUUGACGAGAAGGGAACAUUUAAAGAGGAAAAUUUCCAAAAGGCCAUGUCUUCAAUUAGCAAUAGUAUGGGUGAAGAUUCUGGCUCGAUCGAUUCAAAGGGUAAAGGAGGUAAAUCAUGGAAAGGUGGUAUCAGAGAUGGAAAAUCCGAUAUUUAUAAAAUUGUCAAAAUGAUCUGGAUGAAGAAAUACAAUCCAGUCAUUGUUUUCUCAUUUUCAAAGAAAGACUGUGAAGCCUUAGCUAUGAAAAUGUCCAAACUUGAUUUCAACACUGAUGAAGAAAGAUCAAUGCUUACCAAAAUUUAUGAAAACGCUAUUCAAAUGUUGCCAGAAGAUGACAGAGAACUACCCCAGAUAAAGCAUAUUCUACCUUUGUUGAAGAGAGGUAUCGGUAUUCACCAUUCUGGGCUAUUGCCAAUUUUGAAAGAAAUCAUUGAAAUUCUAUUCCAAGAAGGAUUCCUAAAAGUUUUGUUUGCUACAGAAACUUUUUCAAUUGGUUUGAAUAUGCCUGCUAAAACAGUUGUUUUCACUUCCGUUAGAAAAUGGGAUGGUGUUGGGUUCCGUUGGGUGUCAGGUGGUGAGUAUAUCCAAAUGUCUGGUAGAGCUGGUCGUAGAGGUUUAGAUGAUCGUGGUAUUGUUAUCAUGAUGAUCGAUGAAAAAAUGGAACCCCAAGUUGCUAAGGGUAUGGUCAAAGGUGUUGCUGAUAGGCUAGACUCUGCAUUCCAUUUAGGUUACAAUAUGAUUCUUAAUUUAUUGAGGGUAGAAGGUGUUUCACCCGAAUUUAUGUUACAGAACUCUUUCUUCCAUUUUCAAAACACCGUUGCCGUUCCACUUCUAGAGAAACAAAUCGAUGAAAUGAAGGACAAAAUCGACAAUAUCCAUAUAGAUGACUACGAAACAGUCAGAGAAUUUUAUGACAUUAAGAAACAAUUGCUUAAUUAUGAAGAAGACUGCAGGAAGAUCAUUACUCAUCCUAGCAACAUGUUGCCACAUUUGAAGAGUGGUAGGAUGAUAAAGGUUAAGGUGGGGGAUGAUAAUUACGGAUGGGGAAUUGCUAUUAGCUAUUCCAAAUUUGAAAAUAGAAGAGUCAAUGGCUCUGUUUCAGCUGUAUCUGAUCAUGAUAGUUAUAUUGUUAAAGUAUUCGUUAAUACAAUGUUUGCCGAUGCACCAGUGAAUCUCAUUAAACCUUUUGACCCCAAACUGCCACUUGGUAUAAGACCAGCUAAGGACGGUGAACCAACGAGAAAUGAAAUUAUCCCGAUCACUUUGAAUUCUAUCCAAGAGGUUAGUAGUUGCAGAUCUAUUUUACCAAAAGAUCUAGAUAGUACUCAAUCAAGAAAAACUUUAAGUAAAGCCUUGAAAGAAAUUGUGAAGAGACACCCAGAUGGCCUCCCAAAUCUCGACCCGGUCACGAAGAUGAAGAUUGCAGAUGAAGAUUUCCUCACUAUAUUGAAAAAGAUUGAAAUCUUAAAGACUAAAUUAGAGACACACCCAUUAUUCCACUCUAUUAAGCUAAACGAAUCAUAUGAGAAGUACUCAGAAAAAGCCAGACUUGAAGAGAAAAUCAAAGAGACAGAACUAAAAAUUGCUGCUGUUCAGUCUAAUAUCCAACUUGACGACUUGAAACGUCGGAAGAGAGUUCUUAGACGUUUGGGUUUUAUUUCAACUGACGAUAUAGUUGAAUUGAAGGGUAAAGUUGCCUGUGAAAUUAGUACGGGUGAUGAGCUUUUACUUACGGAAUUAAUUUUCAACGGUACCUUUACUGAUUUAACUCCAGCUCAGUGUGCUGCUCUACUAUCAUGUUUUGUCUUCCAAGAAAGAUCAAGGGAGACAAGAAAGCCAAACCCGCUUUUAGAUGAACCGUACAAGGCGUUAACCGAAAUGGCUAGUAACAUUGCUAAGGUUUCCAAGGAGGCAAAAUUAGAAAUUACAGAAAAGGCCUACGUUGAGUCAUUCCGUUCGGAAUUGAUGGAUGUUGUUUACCGUUGGUGUGAGGGAGCUAGUUUUACCGAGAUUUGCCAAAUGACUGAUGUAUAUGAAGGUUCGUUGAUUAGAACUUUCAGAAGAUUAGAAGAAUUAUUGAAACAAAUUGUCGAAGCAGCUAAAACCAUUGGAAAUGUAGAACUAGAAGGGAAAAUGACCGAAUGUGAGAAACUUAUCCAUAGAGGUAUAAUUGCAGCUAACUCCUUGUAUUUAUAG